AUGACAGCAGGAAGAGCAGCAGAUUACUACGAGCCCUACAAGCCAUCGAGAGGGGCUCGUGCAGCACCACCUACAGCAGCAGCAGCAGCAGCAGCAGCAGCAGGAGGUCCAGCAGGGAAAGGCUACCUAUGGCAGCUGCAGCAGCACGCGUGGGCGCCUCUUGAUGGAGAAUGGGUCUCCGUGCAGCAGCAAACCCAUAAGGCAGCCGCACAAGAUGCAAGCCAGGACAGUGCAGCAGCAACAGAGAAGGAGAAGAAGAGACAAUCAAUCGACUUGGCCUCGCAGCUGCGCUCUGCAUGCGCGGUGGGGAGACGCCUCGAUGCAUGCAAACUCCCCAGCACAUUCAGAGACACCAGCCAGAGGUGCAGCAGCAGCAGCAGCAGCAGCAGCAGCGAAGGGGCUACUGAGGGGACACGGCGUUGGGGUGUACAGGCAGCCCCUGGGUCUGAAUGCGUUUGUUUUUGUGUAUGGAUCAAUCUAAGCGACUGCCUACGUGCUUCGUCUUCUCGUGAAUCUCCUGUCUCCUUUUCUGUCUCCUGGGCUGAGGCCUUCGUGCUGCAGCAUUUGCUGCCGCUCUCUUUCCCGCUGCAGCAGGUGCAGCAGCUGCUGCAUGCAGCGCCGCCACCCUUAACUUCUUUAGCGCUGUCUUUGAUAGAACGGCUGUCGUCUACAGGGACCCCUAAAAAGAUAAAGGGGGUUGCAGCGCCUCUCACUGCAGCAGCAGCAGCAGCAGCAGCACCAACAGCAGCAACAGCACCAGUAGCAGCAGCGGCAACAGCACCAGCAGCACAAGCAACAGCAGCAGCAGAGGCAGCCGCAACAGCACCACCAGCAGCAGGAGCAGCAGCAACAGCAGCUUGCAGCUCUGCAGCGACAGACCCAGGCCCCCCUAAUGAAUUCUCAGAGGAGUGGGCAGCAAUUUUAAAGAGAGUUAGAGCAGCAACAGAUACAGAAGAGUGGAGACACUUCUUAGGCUUUGCUGCUGCGCUGUUGGAGUCAGCGCUGCCAGAAGGGCUACUGCAGCAGCAGCUGCAGCAGCAGCUGCAGCAGCAGCAGCAGCAGCAGCAGCAGCAGUUGUUGCGCGAAAGGCCAUCCCCUGUUUUGCUGCAGCAGCAGCAGCGUCCCCAGCGUCGUCUGCAGCAGCAGCAGCUGCGUGAGCAGCAGCAGGAGGUGCAGCGGGAGCGGUUUGUGCGGCGUUAUUGGUUGCGUGCAGUUGAGGCUGCUUUGCUGCAGGGCCCGGGUGUAUGCGGAGGUUGGGGGUGUUUGCUGCACUGCUGCAUCGCCCCCAGCAAUGCUACGGUGUCUCGGCACUUCGAUUUUGCUGCUGCGAGAGGGUGGGGGGUGAAGGUAGAUUUAGCUGUGGACGGAAGGGGGACUGCUGCAUUCUCGCAGAUACUUCGGCGAGCGCAUGCACGCUUCAGACAAAACAAACAGCAGCAGCUGCAGCAGCAGCAGGUAGACCAGCAGCAGGUAGACCAGCAGCAGGGAGUGCAGCAGCAGCAGGUUCAACAGCAGCAGCAGCAGCAGCAGCAGGAGUUUAGUUGUCGCUGCCGUUUGUGCAGUUUGUCUUCACUGCAGCUGCAGCGUGUCUUGUGUCUCUUAGAUCCGCGAUCCGUCUCCGCCUUCGGGUGUACAUGCAGCUCGCACUGGGCAGCAGCACAGUCUGCUGUCCCCGGGCUUGAGGCUGUGGGGUCUGUGUGGAUCCACUCCCUUGGGAUCGGAUCCCGUUGGAGACAGGCUUCGUUCUCUUCCUUCCCUGCUGCUGCUGCUGCUUCUGCUAGUGAGUGCACGGGUGAGGGGUCUCCUAGACGCACCAACAGCACCAGCAGCAGCAGCAGCAGCAGCAGCAGCAUCAGCACCUGCAGCAGCAGCAGCAGCGGAGGAGGAGGGUUGUUUAGACAUCAGGUGCAUGCAUUGCUGUGGAUGAGACACCGGGAGAGACGUGGGGCCCCACAGCUGCCCCCUGCUGAUUUGCUUGCAUCUUGGCGCUUGCUCGGGUGUGGGGCUGCGCAGCAGCAAGCAGCAGAAGCAGCAGCAGCAGCAGAUAAAACCCUUAGGAGCCUAAGCAACAGCAGCAGCAGCAGCAGCAGCAGCAUGCAAUCGUCUCCUCUCUCUUGCUGCAGCAGGCCGCAGGAACGAAGCAAACAACACAGCAGCACUAGCACACCAACAACGACAAAGGAGAGACCUCUAGGGACGGUCUCUGCUGCUGCUGCUGCUGCUGCUGCUCCAGCAGCAGCAGCAGGAAAGGAGACAGAUUUAGAGGGAGAUGUUGCCUGGCCUCUGCCUAGAGACAACGACUGCCGCCCAGCAGCAGAUUUGCUGCGGUGUCUCUCUACUUGGAUAGAACUCCCUCUACCAGACAGGGCGUGGCUGGGUGUAGCUAGCACGGAGACAGCAGCAGCAGCAGCAGCAGCAGGAGGAACAGCAACAGCAGCGACAGCAGCACAAGGUAGUAGUGCUCCUGCUGCUGCGGGAGAUGCUGCAGAUGCUGUACAGUUACCAGCAGCAGAAACAGCAGCAGCAGCAGCAGCAGCAGCAUCAGUGGAUGAGGGGCGAGCUGAAGAGACACCUCAGCCCCCUCAGCCUGCAGCAGAACUCGCAGGCUCCAGGCUGCUGCAGGGUCAAGGGAAAUGUCUUCGUGUUUUUGCUGCAGGACACCCCAAAAUGCUGUUCGUCUGCAGCAGCAGAAACAGCAACAGCAGCAACAGCAGCAACAGCAGCAGCAGCAGCAGCGUGGCAGAUGCCGCUGCAGCAGAAAAAGCAGAAACGCGGGAGGUAACUGAGGCAGAAGUGGGAGACUGUGGUGGUGUUGCUGCUGAUGGCGCUGCUGCUGCUGCUGCUGCUGCUGCUGCUGCUGCUGCUGCUGCUGUGCCCGAUUGGGAGGGUUUGCUGCAGCGUGCGCAGCACUGUGGAGACUUUUCAUUGUAUUUGUCGUUAGACUUAAAGGUGGUGCUGCUGGGGUAUAAAGGGGGCUCGACGGAGACAGCAGCAGCAGCAGCAGCAGGAGCAGCAGCAGCAGCAGCAGAGGAGGAGUGUUUAGGGGGCAUGUUCUGUGAUGAUCCAGGCUUAGGCAAAACUCUGUCUCUUUUGUCUCUUGCUGUUGUUGGUCUCUCUAAUAGACACGCACCCCCUAAACACCUUCUUUACAAACAGCUAGCUGCAGCAGCAACCCCUGCUGCAGCAGCAACGUCUCCUACAGCGGAGUCCGCAGCAGCAACCCCUGCUGCAGCAGCAACCCCUGUUGAAGCAGCAACGUCUCCUACAACAGAUUCCGCAGCAGCAGCACCUGCUGCAGCAGGUGCUGCUGCUGCUGCUGCUGCUGCUGUAGGGGUGGAUGGUGUAUAUGGCACCAGCUUUGGCUGUACAACGCGGAUGCGUUCAAAGAGACUGAGGAUUGAGAAGGAGACAGCAGCAGCAGCAGCAGCAGGAGGAGGAAGCGAGCAGCAGCAACAGUCUGCGAGUUCGAGGGUUUAUAUAUGGCGGCUUCCUGCGUCUGUUGUCAGCGCACAUUUCGUGGGGGCGACUGCAGAGGGGCUUGAGGAGAGCGACAGUGGGAUCGUUGGGGAUCGGGAUCGCUUUGGUGGGAUCGAAAAUUUUUACUGCUACGAUGACCCCCCCGAGUGUCGUAGGCUUGAGCUUCCAGUGCAUGCAGCAGAGGAGUUAGCGAAGGAUUUGGGGCUGGGUCUCCUUUUAACAGAGCGGCAGCUGCAGCAAGCAGAGACAAAUGCUGCUGCUGCUGCUCUUAAAAGCAGGCUUAGCCGCGUCUAUAGACACCUCAAUAUCGAGGCGAACGUGUCGCGGCCUAGCAGCCACAGGGAAAUGCUGUUGGGGCAUAUGAAUGAGGCGCUGCUGCUGCUGCAGCAGCAAACAGCGCAUGCACAAACUCUAAUUUCAGAAGGAGACAGCCCCACACGCCAAACUCCGCAUACACCUCAACUAAUAACAACGCAAACGCGAAGCCCGCAGCAGCAACAGCAGAAGCAGCAGCAGCCAGAACAGCAGCAGCAUCCAGAACAACAGCAGCAGAAGCAAGAGCAGCAGCAGCAAGAGCAGCAGCAGCAGCAGCAGCUCAAGGUACCGAUGAAGAGAGAAUUGAGUGGGAGUGGGGUAGACCAAAGCGGGGCAUUGUCUGCUGCUGCUGCUGAUGCUGAUGCUGAUGUUGCUGCUGCUGUCUCUGUGGGGCCCAAAAGGCAGAAGCAGAGCCACCCUGCUGCUGCAGUGGACAGUGCUGCGUCUGCAGCAACAGCAGCAGCACCAGCAGCAGCAGCAGCACCAGCAGCAGCGCCAGCAGCAGCGUUCACAGUACCCCCAGCAAAUGCAGCAGAAGCAGCAGCAACAGCAACCACAUCAGAAGCAGCUUCUACUGCGGUUGAUUCUCAUGGAGUUUGCAGCAGCAGCAGCAGCAGCAGCAGCUCCAGCAACACCAGCAGCAACAGCACCAGCACGACCAGCAACACCAGCAGCACCAGCACGAGCAACAACAACAACAACAACAACAACAGCAGCAGGAGCAGCAGCAGCAGCAGCAAGAGCAGCAGCAUAAUAUCUGAGAUCCCUAUACUGGAGGGCGUAUACGUGUACGGAUCUCCUCCUCCUGCUGCUGCUGCUGCUCCUCCUCCUGCUGCUGCUGCUGCUGCUCCUCCUGCUGCUGCUCCUGCUGCUGCUGCUGAUGAUGCUGAUGAUGAUUAUGAUGAUGAUGAUGGGGGUUAUGAUGAUGGGGGUGAUUAUGAUGGUCGUGGUGCUGCUGCUGCUGUUGCUGUUUCUGUGCUUAGCUUUGUCAGGCCUAAUGAUUUAUCUGCUGUCUCUCGCUUUGAUAUUGCUGCAAGCGACUUUGUUAUUGUCUCCACCAAUGUUCUUACGCGCGAAUUCUCCAGGUGUCUCUUCAACCCAUUAGAGACACUCCAGCAGCAGCAGCAGCAGCAGCAGCAGCAGCGGCGGAAAGGUCGGCGGGGUGGGGAGGCUGCACUGAAUGGAGCUGCAGCAGAGCAGCAGCUUUGGGGUGUAUUUAUUGAUAAGGAAGAUGAAGAUGAAGAGACAGUCGGAGGCGAGGAGACAGCUGAAUGCUCGCUGCUGCAGCGUUUAGCAAGCGUCAUGCCAGCAGAGCAGCAGCAGCAACUCUCUUCUUUGCUGCGCCGUCGCACUCGGCAGCAGCACUCUAGUGGGGUAUCCCGCGUCAGCAGCAGCAGCAGCAGCAGCAGCAGCAGCAGCAACCGUCUCCUCUUCUCUCGGUCUCCUCUUCUCGGUGUUCACUUCGCUCGCGUUGCUGUUGAUGAAGGACAUCGCCUCAUUAACAGCGGAAGUCUACACGUACAGCUUGCAUGCGCAAUAAGAGCCGAUACACGGUAA